AUGAACGGUCUGAAUCGUUUGGUUGCAGGUAUUUCGCGUGCAGCAUGUGUAGUUGCGACUGAAUUGGCGAUCUGUAGCAUUAUCAGAGGUCCUACUUACAAGCAUCCAAUUCAAAAGGCGGUUCAUUUCCUUCGUCUCCAACGACCGUUCUCCGUGGAAACUCCCAUGCAAUUCAUUUUCAUUCAUCGAUGUGUUCAGAAAUUCUUCAGCAAAGUCUCAGGGCAAGUACGGGGCAUGGAGGAGGACUAUCAGAAAUGGCUGACAGAACGGGCAGGGCGAAUGUUUCUGGAUAAUCUCGACUCAGCGGUUCCUGGUUAUCGACUGCUGUCUCCUCGCGUUGAUCCAGACCUUGUUGAGGCUUGUGCGGCGCCCACCGAGGCCAAAUACUCGAAGAGAAGCUCCUGA